AUGAACAGCCCGAGGGGAGAAGGGUGCGAUAGCAACAACGUUACCACUAUGAAAACAUCGACGAUUGUCAGGACGAACACCAAGCGAGGUUGGAUAUCACUGAGCAUACCCACACGUCUUCGCCCAACAAGGGCACAGAGCAUGGAAAAGGAGGAAACAAGGGAACACUCGCACGAAGUCACAGAGCUCGAUAGGAAACACAACCAAAGAACCGCCAGUGCCGGAGUAGCGAGGGUAGGCAACUGCUCCAAAAAAGAAGACGUGGACAGGAGACUCACUACAAUUGUAAUUGUUCGCAAUUGGCAGAGGCUUCCCCCAGGACGACAUCUAGUCAAUAACCUCACAAAAAACAGAGCUAGCAAUGAAAAAGUCACGCAGAAGGAGGUAAAACUGCCCAAAGGCUAUAACCAGGAAACCAAAGCUGGAGAAUGA